AUGAGUGAAUAAUAAACACCUAAUCGAGGGAGAUUUUUAUCACCAUAAUAAGGAAAUUAACAAUCAAGAGUUAAUUCUGAGAGCCAUAUAGUAAUUCCUAAUGAUAGGAUGAAGAAAUCUAGUGCAGGAGGGUCAAGUGUAAGAGUAAUUAAUUCAGUAAACAAUAAUCUUAAUCCUUUAGCCUCCUGUAGCGAUGACUUAAUCAGCAGUAGUAAAUUAAUUAGAGUAUUUCUAAAUGCCUAAUGGAUAAAUAUAGCCUAUGAUAACUUCAAAAGUAGUGCCAACCCUUGUUAGACCUUAAUAAAGUAAUGAUUAAUAAUAUAAUUGUUAGCCAUUAUCAUUAAGCAAGAUGGAGAUGGAUCUGACUUGGACAAAGUUAAUUAACUACAAAUAGAAGUAGAAUAAUGGAAGGCAAGAUUCUUUGCUCUUUAAAUAACAAGUGGUGGUUCAGGAUUGGAAGAGCUAGUAAUUAAUGAAAAUAUAAUUUUUAGACUGGAAUGUAUGAAAUGAGAUUAAGGAUACUCUCAGAUGAAAAUGGCAAGUUGUUAGCAUUAAUUAAACAACUUAUCAAUGAAAACGAAUAGAAAGAUUUAGCAAUUGCUUAGAGAGAUAAUAAAAUUUAUUAAUUGGAAUUAAAUUAACACGAACAUGAUGCUUUACAAGAAUUACUCAAGAGAAAAUAAAAUGAAAACUAAGAUGUAUUAUUAUUUAUUUGAAUCUUUUAGUUAAGAGAAAAAUUGUAAAAUUUGGAGGAAGCCUUGAUUUAUGCAAGAAAAUUAGAAAUUGACAACUUUUAAUUGUUAAGUAAAAUUAAAAAUCUUGAAAAUGAAUUGGCUAUGUGGAAAGAUAAAUUCAAGUUAUCUGAAGAAGAUAGAAACAGAUUAUUAUAAGAAUUGAGAGAUUUACUUUAAAGAAUGAAUCAAUUGAAUUUAGACAGUGUUAAGAGAGGGUAAUUAUCUACUAUGGAUUUAUUGGAAGAUGAGAAUAAGAAAUUGAGAGAUUAAAUUAAUUAAAUACUUAAUGAUUUAGAUUAAUGGAGGAAAAAGGCUUUGGCAUUAGAAUUAUAAGUUUUUGAUCUUUAGGUUCAAGUUACUGAUCAAGAUAAUAAUAAUAAAUUAUUACUUAAAGAAAUUGAAAGAUUGAAUUAACAACUUGCAUCAAAACAAUAAGAAAUUGAAAGGUUAAAAAAUAAGUAAUAUUAACUUAUUAUAUAGUCUCUAAUAAGCAGAAGAUCAUAUAAAAGAAUUAUUAGGAUUAAAGUCAUAAAUUCAGGAGAAACAAAGAGUCAUUGAUGAAUUAAAAAGAAAAAAUGAUGAAUAAGCCAAAUAACUUUUAGAAAAUGAGAAGUUGAAAAAAUAAUUGGAUCAAGUAAGAGCUCAGAAUUAAGAUUUAUAAAAAUAAAAUGGUGUGUUAAAUUAUUAAAUUGAUCAAUUAAAUAAAACACUUGAAAAUAAAUAAUAAGCUUAUGAUAAAUUGAACAAUAAAUUAAAAUUCAUUGAAAAUGAUAACAAUACACUUAGAUAAUAAGUUUUGGAAAUUAAUGAAUUAUAAAUUGAAAAAUAAAGUUUAUUAUCAGAUUUGUCCUCUUUAGAUAAAGAAUUGAAAUUAAAAGCUGAAUAAUUAGCUAAUGUAGAAAAAGAAUUAUAAAAUCUAUAAGAAAAAUUAUCAUAAUUAAGAAUUCUGGAAUUAGAUUUAAAUAGAGCCAAAUCUUAAUUAGACAUGAAAGAUAGAGAUAUUGCUGAAUUAAGAAAUUAAAUUAAGAAUCUAACUGUUAAGAACUUUGAAUUGGAAUCAAGAUUAAAAGAAUUAAUAUCUAAAGAAACAGAGUACUUAAAAAUCUUCUAACAAUGUGAAACUUACAAAUCAUUAAAUGAUCAACUUAAUUUAUAAUUGGCCUAAUUAGAAGCAGAAAAUCAAUAAUUAUAAUCAUAAGUUGAUGGAUUAGGAGAAUUACAAAGUUAAUUAAAAGUUUUGUAAUAAAAAUAUGAAUAGACACUUAAAAUUAACUCUGAUUUAAGUUCAAGAAAUUCAUAAUUAUAGCAAUAAUUAUAAAAUAUUUCAUAAUAGAAAAAUCUUACUAGUUUAAGAGAUAAUUAAAUUAACAUUGAAUUAUAAAGAAAUAAUACAAUUUUAAAUUAAAAGUCUUAAUAGAUUGAAGAUUUAAGAUUGAAAUUAGCUAAAGCUGAAUAAUAAAUUGAUACUUUAAAUAAUUAAUUGUAAAAUAAGCAACAAGAAUUAGAUAACUAGAUUGUUUUGAAUGCAAAAUUAUAAGACAGAAUAAGAUAAUUAGAAUCAGAGUUACUUAAUCUUUAGAAAACCGUAUAGAAUUUAUAGGAUUAGAAUAAUUCUAUAAAAAAUGAUCAUCAUUUAUAAAUUUAAGAAUUUAGAGAAGAAAUACUUCGUAAAUAAGAAGAAAUCAAAGCUCUUUAAAAAUUGGCUGAUUAAUACAAAGAAAAGUAUUUAGAAAAUGAUCGUUAAUUAGCUGAUUUGAAAGGUCUUUAAAGAAAAUUAAAUGAUAUUACAAUCUAAAAGAAUUAAAUGGCUGAUUUAAAUACAACUUAUUAAGAUUAAAUAAGCAAAUUAUAAGGAGAGAUUAGAUCAUUGUAAAUUAAAAUUCAAGAAACCCAUUUGUUUGAAGAUUAGAAUAAAUAAUAUGAAGCAAUAAUUGAGAAAUUAAAGGCAGAAAAUACAUUAAAGAGCAAAGAAAUUACAGAACUCAACAUUUAAUUACCAACAUAUAUGUAAUAGGUUUCUGAUUUGGAGAAAAAAUUAUUGAGAACAGAUUAAUAAUAUUAAAUCUAUAAGAAUGAAGUAGAAAGAUUGAGAUAAGAGAAACAAAACUUAAUAAAAGAGAUUGAAGAACUUAAGAGAAAGAACAAUAACUUAGAAUAGAAAGUGAAUUAAUUAAGUUAUUUACAAGAAUUGAUUCCUCAAUUAGAAUAAAAAGCUAAUAAAUUAUAAAAUUAAGUAGAUAAAUUAUCGAAAUAAAAUUUAGACUAUAAUGAUUAAAUAAAUCUUUAAAAUGAAUAAUUAAGUUAAUAAGAGUUAUAAAUAAGAACCUUAUUUUAGGUAAAAUCAAAUUUAUAAUAAUUGGAAUCAAAUUAUACUUUGGUAGUUUAACAAUUAAAUGAUUAGAGAAUUUAAAAUACUAAAUUAGAGUAAGCAUAUUUAGAUGAAUAAUAAAAACAUUAAAAGACUGCUGAUGAAUUAAAGAAGUUGACAAAAGAGUUAGAUCAAUCAAGAAAUAAGAUUGAAUAAUAAGCUAAGUUAAUAAAAGAAUUGGAAGGAAAAAUAAUAAAGGAUAGAAUAUUAGAAUAAGAAUUAAAAGAAGCAAUAGGUUUCAACCUUACUUUGGAUACAAAGCUUAAUCAAGUAAGAUAGGAAAAUGAGAGUUUGAAAAAUGAAAUUGCCUAAUUGAGAGAUGAGUUAGAAUAAUGGAAGGCUAAAUAUUUAUAGAAAGAUAAUGAAGUUAAGACAUUAUAAGUUUAUAAAGCAGAAGCAAUAUAGAUGAGAUUAAUAAAUGAUGAAUUAACAGAUAAUUUUAAUUAAUUAACAAAAUAAUUGAAAGCAAUAACUUUAGAGAAAUAAAUGAUGGAAGAGGAGUUAUAGCAUGAAAUAGCAGAUUUGAGAUAGAAGAUUGCAGAAUUAGAAUAAUUAGUAGCUUAAAUUGAGCCAUUACAAGCUUAAGUUAGUGAUUUGUAAUAGUUGAUGAAUAAAUUGUAAGUAGAGAAUAAACAAUUAACUAAAAAAUUAGGAGAAGCUUAGACUAAAGUGAAAGAGUUGGAAGGUUAAAUUGAGUCAUAUUAAGUAAUGGAGAAAGACUAUAAUAAUUUAUAAGCUAAUUAUGCUGAAAAGUAUGAUAUAUUUUUUAUUAAAAAAUAGAUCUUAAGAUUUAAGAAUGACUAAGGAAGAUUUAGACAAGACUACAUUAUAAUUGGAUAAAGUAACAAAAGAGAAAGAGAAUUUGGAUAUGAGAAUAGCAAUGUUGGCUGCUGAAAUUGAGAGAUAAAAACAUUUAAAUAAAAAUAAAUAAGAAAAAAUAGAUGAAUUAACAAAUUAAAAUACAGAUGUAUUAUUAAAUUACAAUUAAAAUAGUUAUCAAAUGUUGUAGCAUAACUAGAACCAUUAGAUCCAGAAAAUACAAGAUUGUCAGAAUAAAUAUAAGAAAUGAAAAAGAAGGCAGAUUAAGAUUAAUUAGAUUUAAUGAAGAAGGAUGAUUAAAUAAAUAAGUUAAAUAAUGAAGUUUAUGGAUUAUAAAAUAAAGUAGCAUUACUUGGACCAGAAAUAGAGAGAGCUAAACUUAAAUACAAUGGAGCUUAAAAUACAAUCAAGGAGUUAGAAGAGAAAUUAUAAGAUUAUGAACACUUAUAAUAGGAGUUAGGAACAUUAGAAAAUGCAUUAAAUUAGGUUGAAGAAAAAGCACAAAAUUUAGAGAAAGAAAAUAAUACACUUCAUUAAACAUUAACUGCAAAGUCUGAUGAAUUAAAUUAAGCAAAAGCUAGGUAAAUUAUAAAAUAAAAUUUAGUGUAAACGAUCUAUAAAACUAAUUGAAUUUAUUGAAUGAACAAUUGAUAAAUUAAUAAUAAUUAGAGAAUGAGUUAUAAUAGAGAGAUCAUGAGAACUCAUAAUUGAAAGAAAAGAUUCAACAAUUAUAAUAAUAGGUUGAAUAAUUAGAAUAGAUUAAGGUAAUAAAUAUUAUGAUAAAAUUAGUAUGAUAAUGAAGGUAAGAUAGCUAUGUUGGCUACACAAAUAGAAGCCUUGAAAUAUAAAUAUUAAGUAGCUGAAAAUAAGUUAAAAGAAUAAGAAGAAUUGAUUGGAUAAUUAAAUGAGGAUUUAGAUAACUUUGAUAAACACAUAUAAGAAUUGGAAGGAGAAAAUUUAGAUUUAAAGGCUAGAUUGCAACCAGUUAGAGCUUAUUGA